AAUUGGGCCUAGGCCCAAAACAGAAUGAGCAUCAGCAAAAUAUAGCAUCUUCUUCAGCUGCACCGAUCAACUCUGUGUAGCUUCGUCUUCGCUCAGAGUUAUGGCGGCUGAAAUCGUAAGAAGAAGUCUUAAAGCUUCAAACUUUUCGUUCCUUAGAACCCUAACCGUAUCUCAAACACGUAAUUUCAGUAACUUAGCAACUUCAGCACAACCCGAAUCAGCAGAUGACCCAUCUUCUUCCUCCUUCACUUUUCACGGUGGAGAUCCAAAUUCUACAACAAACGAUGAUAAUAUUAUCAUAAAGGGUCCAAAAAAGACUUCAGCUUUAUCAUCACAAGAUUCAGCAUCUGUUUCUAUGCCUAUGUCAUUCAUGACUGGAUCAAUUGUGGGGAAGAGGUUUUACAAGAAAGUAACAACUAGAGCAGCUGAUGACGGAAUUGGUUGGAGUGUUAUGCUUGAUUAUCGUACCCUUAAAACCCCUUCUAAGCGGCCACUCAAAUGCCCAACGUUAGCUCUUGCUAAAGCUAUUGCUGCUGAAUGGGAAUACCAGGAAGCAGAUGGGAUCAGACCCUUUACCAUGCCACUGAUGCAACUUUCAUGUACUGCACUAGAAAGAGUUCCACUAACGCGUCAAAAGAUUAUUGAUCAUUUGAUGAAGAAAUUCCCUCAAGACUUAGUUUUCUGUCGUGCUCCUGGGGAUAAUGAUCUGACAUGCGGAGUUCGUGAGCGUCAAGUGGAGAAAAUCGAUCCUCUUCUUAAGUGGGUAGAGUCAGAAUUUGGCUUCAAGCCAACCGUAUAUACCAGUUUUUUUGGUGGCAAGCAAGAUGAUGGUCUUGUUAGUGCCAUUGAAAGUCUUCUCAAGAAAAUGGAUGAUUGUGAAUUAGCAACAAUUGAUGCAAUUGCUUCAGCUGCACAUUCGCUAGUCAUUGCACUUGGACUUUUCCGUGGUAGAUUGGGGAUUGAAGAGGCUAUUGAGUUGAUUAGGCUCGAGGAAGAUUUGCAGGUUGACCGUUGGGGUCUCGUUGAAGGCGGCCAUGAUGUUGAUAUUGCAGAUUUAAAAGUUCAGAUUGCUUCAGCUGUGGUGUUUCUUGGACUUACGAGGAGGGUAUAAAUAUGGUACUCAAAUUGUGAGUUUUACCUUAUCGUGUCUCUUUAGUACAUUAGCUCAGUACCAAUAGCAUUUCCUAUAAACUCAAUAUGUGAGUGAGUUAUAUCAAACUUGCUGCUUUUACAAGGACUAAAGGUGGCCUGCUGGAAAUUACCAGAUUUUAAUGAAUAAUGAGCCAACUCUGAAAUCAAGUACUCCUCUUUUAACUUGGA